UCUGGAAUUGUCAAUAUGGCCGACCAGAUGUGUAGCAGUAGGGUGUCACGGUGGUGUUAGUGUCGCUUUAUUUAUGUCAAAUUAUCGUAAGUCCUGUCCGAAUCUCGCGUGUUUUCAUGGGAUCAGUGAGAUAUUGUGCAGAAGUAGAAAUACGGUGUGCAUGAGGGCCUAGCACACGCUCUCCAGUGCAGCAACCAUGAACGAAGUCAGCAUAUCAUCUGCUCGGGCGUCGGUAAUGGUCUAUGAUGACGUGAAUAAAAAAUGGGUACCAAGUGGCAGCUCAUCGGGUUUAUCAAAGGUGCAACUCUAUCAUCAUCAAGUAAAUAAUACUUUUCGUGUUGUUGGUCGUAAGCUUCAGGAUCAUGAAAUCGUCAUCAACUGUGCAAUUCUUCGAGGUCUCAAAUAUAAUCAAGCUACUGGAACGUUUCAUCAGUGGCGAGAUAACAAACAAGUCUAUGGACUUAAUUUCUCCAGCAAAGACGAUGCCGACGCUUUUGCUAAAGCAAUGCUGCAAGCUCUUGAUGUGCUGAGUAACGGAAGCAACAUAUCAAGGAGUCUAGGCCCGACUGUCGCUUCGACGACACAACAGCAACCUGUCUAUCAACAACAGCAACACCAACAACAACCCACCGCACAAUUCGAUGAGGACAUGGGAUAUAGGACCAUGACAAGAGAAGACGUAGCUAUAAUACAAGAGCGCAGAAUGUCACAACAAAAUCAAGUAGGAACAAAUGGACCUAACGCAAUAUCACCAAGUUGUCCACCAAUGGGUCAACAGCAACAGUCGGGACAUCACAGGACAUCAUCAGCACCGCCAGCGCCAGCUCCUCCGCCACAGCCUCAACAGAUGCAGCCAGUAAUGGGUACAGCGGUUCAGCAAAUGCCACCGGUGCCUCCGCCGCAGCCACCAGCAGCUCCUCCAGCUCCGCCCUGUCCACCUGCCGGCACGAUGAUGGCCUACAGCAACAGUAACAGCAACGUUCAGAUGUCGGCGGGAACACCCCCAACAAUGAACCAGUACGCACAAUCGCCAUCCCAAACGAGUCACCCCAAUCAAUCGCAGUCCCAAAUAGUCUAUGCUACCAAUCAGGGGAACCAGUACGGCGUGACAGCCGCGCAGACCAAUCAAUAUGGCAAUCAAAAUCAAAUGGGCCAGUACUCGGGUAGUCAGAGUAGCUUGUACGGUAGUAAUACUGCUCAGAUUUACGGUAGUCAACCUAGUCAAGGUAGCCAGUACGCGAGCAGUCAAUGCUCACAGUACGGCGGUAGCCAAUAUGGCAGUAAUAAUUCGAUUAAUCAAUAUGCUACCGUGCCCAAUCAAUAUACAACAGUUCAGUCUGGAAGCAGCUCGAACCCGUACGGCACCCCGUCGAACAUUGUCAACCAGUAUUCUGGUAGUCAUGUUAACGCUUAUGCUCCCGUUGGUAGUAGCGCUGGACCACCGCCGCCGCCAAUGGGUCCUGUUGCCGUUGCUGCUGUCACAGCUGCUGCACCACCACCGCCUCCACCGCCGCCAGUUCCCGAUCAGUCGAGCAAUGCUGUCGACUCCAAUUCCGCGGCUGAAGUCAAUUCACUUGCAGCUGCACUUCAAGCAGCAAGACUCAAAAAGAAACAGCAAUCUCAACCAGUGGAAAAUAGUGGAUCGAGUACCAGUAGCAGCGGAAGUGGAGGUGGAAACUAUGGUACUUUAGGAAGAGGAAGCGGAGGAAGUGGCGGUGGCGUUGGAAUGGCUUCUAUGAUGGACGAAAUGGCCAAAACUUUAGCGCGAAGGCGCGCUGCCGUUGAGAAAAAACAACCGGAACCAACUCCGGAACCUGAAAGUUCUCCUGAUAAAAAAUCGUGGGACAAAAAUAAUUCAAAUAACAAAUUUUCGAACGGAGCCGAAUCACCAAAGGCAACACGCAAAAGGUUCGGUUCAGCUUCAGAAGAUACGCUUCUUAAAGUAAAUGGAGUUAACGAUGGCUCCACGUUUAUGUCCCAGGAAAUGGAGGCUUUCAAAGUCGAACUCAUCAAGGAAGUCCGAAAGGAGUUUCAAAAGAUAAAACAGGAGAUUAAGCAAGAAAUUGUUGAAGCCGUGAGGACUGAGUUGAGUAGAAGGUAAAGAAAACUGGACCAUCAAGGAGAGAAAAAAAUGUAGAAGAUGAAAAAAAAAUGAAUGAAGAAAACGGCUGAAGUUGUAUUAGGAAGCUCAAUCGAAGCAUUUUCAUCGACAAGCACAUGCAGGUUUUUACAGUACAGUUAUACCCAUGUAUAUCAACCUCUUGUGUGUAAGUACGCUAAUCUAGCUUAAUAUUUUAAGUGGACACGUUUCUUUGUUACCUAUUAUUAUACGAUCGGUAACAGAAACUCGAUGUUGGAUCAACUGAGUUUUAUAUUUAAUGACUAUAUUAUUAUAACGCUGUAAACGCGCACUGACUUCUUUGUCUUUAACUUUCUAAUCAAGUUAAAACGCACAAAUUUGACAAUCUUGGUAAAUUUUUCAAGAGAAACUGUUUUUUCUAAAAAAGAAGGAAUUUACCAAUUAACUCGAAUAAUUGGUGCCUGUGAGUAAAUUUCUCGUGGAAGAAAGAAAUCUUUUUUUUUUAACAAUAAUUAUUAUCGACGAGUACUUUUGUACUUCACUGCCAACAAUCAAGAUGAAAAUAAUGCUUGAAAAGAUUUUUUUUUACUUUUGUGAUAUACUCAAUUGGUUCAACAUGUAGAGCCACAUAUAAUGUACAUUUAUCAUUGCGAUACGUCAGCACAGGUUUUUAAAGCCACUUUUGUACUUUAGUGUCACUGUAGAGAAUGAGUUCGACGUGAGAACACAUUGUACAGAAUAUUAUUUUUGCCAAUGUCGUGGCACUUUGCGGAUUUUAACAAUUUUUAAUUCUUUUUUUCUCUAUGUUUUUGUUGACAAGAAAUGAAUGAAUAAAUUUACCUUGUAGAUUUAUUCAAAAUGUGAUAUUUUGCAUUUUUGCGCUUUAAAGACAAGCAUAUCACAAACAUUCCGAUAAGAUGAUUUUUAAAAUAAUAAAUUUUGAAAUAUUUCGCGGAGAGUCAAUGGGGGAAAAAAAAAAAAAAAAUUGUGUGUGAUUUUAAAGAAUUUAAUCCGCAUUUUGACUGUGCAAUUGCCACGACUUUGGAAAUGCAGACCACAUUUCACUCAUCAAUUUAUAUACACCGGAGAAAAAAAAAGUUAAAUCAAUAACAUUUUUUCGUAUAUAAUUCAAAAACAAAAAAAAAAUGAUAACUUCUUUUUUAUAUGUUAAUAUAGAGUAAAAAUAAUAAAUUGAUGAUAACGUUUUGAAAAAAAAAAAAAAAAGAUUAAAUGAAAUAAUGAAUAUGUCGUCCAUAAAAUAUUAUAAGAAAUAAUGUCUUUUAAAAGUGAUUUAAUCAAGUUUUAAGGACAAUUUCUACUGAUUCAUGUCUGAUUAAGAUGAUUAUUAUUAAGACUCGAGCAUAUGAACAAUAAUUGAUCUAGAUGAUUUAUGAAAAUCGGAUCAAUGAAUUUUUAACUAAAAUAUAUUAGAAUCCGCGUCAUUGAAGAGAAUUUUAUUCUGGUCUGCAUAAAAUGAAAAGGCUGUGUUCUUUUUUUUUUUAAUUGAAUAUUAUUUUUUUUUCACUUAUUGAAUGAUAUAAUAUCCAAAAAAAAAGAAAGGACAAAGCCUUUAAGAAAAUGGUCGGUUGUCACUUCUACUCGCUCGCAGUGAUUGUUUCCAAAUAAAUUACUUUUUAUUCAUCUUUCGAACAGUAUAAGUUCCUUUAAUCGUACUUAACAAGCACAUCAGACAAAUUAUAUUUUUAUUUUGCUAAGUACGACGUACUUAUACAAUAGUUCGUCUCUGUUCGAUAUUUUUUUCAAAAUAUUUAAUCUAUAAAUUACUCAAUUAUGUAAAUUAUUAAUUUAUCAAUUUAUUAAUUUAAUAUAAAAAUUCAUUAAAUAUUGUGACUUCAAAUAUAAAUAAAUUUUUCAAAUUUCGAUGUUUCGCUCCAUUAAAAGUAAAUUACAACUGAAAAAUGAAAUUUAAUUAAUUUGGAAAUGAAUUUUUUUAUUAAUUUUUAAUUUUAGUAACAAUUUCAAAAUAAUGUCUAUUUAAUAUUGAAACAAUUUUUGAAUUAUUAAUUACAAAUUAAAAAUAAAAAAAAAGUGAAAAUUUAUUAUUUUUGUACUAAAUACAAAAUCACAAUAUUUAAAGAAUUUAGAAAAUUAUUAUUUAAUUAAUUAAUUGAAGACUUGCAUCAAGCGAGCAAGUAGUAGUUUUGUGGUCAGAUAUAUAUAUAUUAUAUAUAUUAAAAGAAAAAAGAAUUGAAACGAAAAGAAACUGUUAGAAUUUUGUAAACAUUUGUUUAGUGCGACGCUAAGCAAUAAGAAUAUUUCAAUAAUUCGUCUACAUUUUAAUAUUAAAGAAAAACAAACUUUUAUGAUGUAUUAUACAUAACACUGGGGGAAAAAAAAUAACUAAAAUGGAAUAUUUCCACUUGACUGAGACCUAAUGAAUAAUCGCCGUGAUUCAUCGUAAGCACCCACACGUCGCGUAAUAAAACUUUAUUCGAAAAAAAAAAUAGAAUAGCAAUAGUGAGUUAACUCUGCUUAUAUAAAAAAAAAAUUGUUAGUCUUGCAAAAUCCUCGCUGGUAAUGAGGAGAGCUUUUAGAGAAACGGUUCAUUCAUCUACGUUUUGAUGCACAAGUUUUGUAAAGGCCACCCCAUUUAUCGAUCUUUCGAGGCUUAAAUCCAUAACCCAGAUAAUUUAUGUUCUUUAUGAAAGAAAACAAAAAAAAGAAAAGUUGAAGAUAAUCGUUUCCAGUGAUAAUUAACGUCAUAUCAAUAUUGAUGAUUGAUUCAAAUCGUGAGACGACGAUAAAGUGUCUAGUCGAGAAAGAAGUGAAAAAAAAUUUUUUUUUCCCUGUAAAAACUGGGAAUUGGUUAAGCUCGAGUGAUUCUAAUUUCGAAUACAAAACUUAAUCAAAUUUGACAUCGUGUAAUACACGGUUUUUCAGAUUUUUUUACACAAAAAAAGAAAAAAAAAAAUUAAAACAAAAAAAAAUUUUGUAUUCUAUUUAUAAUGAUCGAAGUAUUCGGUGUGCCUCUUUUGUACAUGACCCAGUAAUAUUAUAUAAGAUUAUUAUUAUUCGACUUUCGAAAAAAAAAAAAAAACUACUUCUUAAUUAUUAAUAUUUUAUACGUUUCUUUUGUAUAUACAAUCGUACGGCUCUUCCAGUAUAUCUAUAUUUAUUUUUUACUUUGAGAAAAGAAAAAAAAAGAAGGCAAACUCUUAAACGAGCAAAGUGUAAAUCUACGUGAGGACAAAAAUCGUUUUUCUCUUUUUUUUUUGUUUUUUUUUUUUUAACUUAUUCCUUAACUGUAAGUUUAACAAUUUUAUUGUACAAAUAGGCUUUUUAUUCUUAUUCUUUGAUCAUUAAAUUGCAUGAUUUAAGAAUAAUUUUUUAAUUUAAAUCGCAAUUUUAGACUGUUUUUUUCUAUACUUUCUGUUAAUUUAGAUAGUUUGAUUGCAAUAAACUUAAGUAGGCAUUGUUUAAAGUUAGUUUUUAGUCUCAAAGUGACAAAAAGAGAGAAUUUCUUCUGAAACUUUUUUUUUGCACUUGAAAUGAAAUAAGCACAAUUCCUUUUUUUUUAUUUUAAGUCGCAUUGUGUAUUAUCUUCGAUUUUAACAAAUGAAAAAAAAAGCUUUUUUGCGCAUUGUCCAAGCGUUCAUAUGCACAUACGAGAAAUUUAACUUUUACACUCUUGUCGAAAUUAAAAAAAAAAAAAAUUUUUUCCCUAUGAUGUUCAAAAGGGAAUAAUUUAAAAAUUAAUUCAACAUUUUUCAAAUGGAUUUAAAUUUCAGAAUUAUAUAGAUUUUGCUCUAAAUUGACAAGAGUCGAUUGUUAAGUAACUCUGAAUUUAGAUGAUGAAGAAAAAAAAAAAAAAAAAAAAACCUUAAGUAUUACAUUUUUUCAACUGGAUUUUUUGAAAUUUGUCAUAUGAGAUAAAUUUCAAGAAUGAAAGUCGUUGAAAAUGAAAAAGCAGACCCGUUCGCAAGAACUGUUUAGUAUUAGACGCAUUUAUACAAAUAGAGCGAUGCUUUCGAAAAUAGGUAAUGAUUUCGAUGGACCUAACUGUGACUAUUAAGAGUGUUUGUUAUGAUAAAAAAAAAACUUUUUAAACACACGCGUAAAAAGAGAUGGUGACAAUUAUUCACCGGCGAUUCAAUGAAAAAAAAAAAAAAUGAAUUAUAGUAAUCGAGGCAAUAACGCUGUGUAAUGUAAUGACUAUAUCUAUGCAAAGCUGAUAAUAUAGAAGGGCCUGCGGUUACGAUUUUUUUUUUUUUAUAAAUGAUAGAAUAAGAAAUUUUUUACAUUUACUUUUUUUCAUAUUUUUUUAUAGUGAAUUUUAAAUAUCUUUUCUAAAUUCAAAGAGAUUUUUUUUUAGCGAAUUUUAAGACUUUUUCGGAGAUUUUUUUUUAAAGUAAACUAGGCAUUUUUAAUUUCAAAAUAAUUGUCAUCGGCCGUGGGUCCAUUUUUUAACAGAAAUGCACUUAGAAUUAUAAGAAUGCAGAAGAUCAGGUUAGAUAGAUCGCUUAUUAAGAUUAUCUUGUUACUUACUCAAUCAUCAUAGACUACGAUCGAGAAUCGCAGGAUAGAAAAUGUAAAUUCGCAUCUGUACUUUUUCCAAUGCUUCGACUCUUCCAGAAAAUAAAGUAAGAAAUUUUUUUUCGUUUUUUUUUUUUUUUUUUUGAAAAAAAAGGAAUAUUUUAGACUAAAAUCUUGUAGUUUAGAAAUUUUUUUUUACCAUUAUAAAUAAAUUAUAUUUAUUUAUGACGUGAUUUUUAAAUAAUAAUUAAUAUUCUCGAAAAAAAAAUUUUUCCCAGUGACCGUAAAAUUCGAGAAUUCAAUCUUUGUAGGAAUUUAGUUUUUUGUUUUGGAGGAGUCGAUAAAUGCUUACAAUAUUUUUCCUUAGGCAAUCUAUCAAAAUAAUUAAAAAAAAAAAAAGAAAAUUACUUUUGAAUUGACAAAAAUUAAUUGAAAUUAUGUAGUGUGUGAAAAUAAUGAACGCUUUGAUUAAUUAAAAUAAUUUGCUCUUUUUAAAAAAAAAAAAAUCACGAGAAUUUAAUUCUUCGAUUGAGAAUAAUUUCUCUGAUCAGCUUGAGCAAUUAACAAAAUUCUUUGUUGCUUUGUACUCUAUUUAUACAAAUAUAUAUAUGUUGGGAUUAAAGUUAUUAUUUAGAGAUAUUAGUUUAAUAAUAUUUAAUUGACAAACUUCGAUUUAGCCAAGCUCGAGUCUCAUAAAACAUAAUAAUAAUAAUUGAUCGAUUGUCUUCGGCGUGUGAUACCUUUUAAAUAUUGACAACUAAAGGUUGGAAUUUUAUCAAAAAACAAAAAAAAAAUUCUCAUGAUUGAAAAAAAAAAAAUGAUAAAUCUUUCGCUCCUCUGUAAAAAGUGGUGCGUUUUAUACUAAUGUUAAUUAAUAUCUGCGAGUAACAAUUUGAUAAACGUUUAUUCGUCUUUUGGCUUAACCAAUAAGUACAUACACCAGAAUGUCAGUGAAACAGUUGUAAAAUCUCAGAUAAUUUGUAAUUUUUUUUUAAUAAAUCACCAUAAAAUUAUGCUACUGAUCUGAAUUCAUAUUUUGAAUUUUCAGAAUAAAUUUAGUUUUUAACAACAAUGUUCCAAAUGUUAUCGUUUUAUUUAUACGAAAUCUUUUAAUUAAAUUUAAUUUUAAAAUAAGAAAGGCCUAGAACUUGCUAAUUUAAAAUCCGAAAAUUUAGUUUAGAGCAUUGUAUACAUACAUGUAAUUCGUAAGCUUUAUUUAUUAUUUAACUAUUUAAUUAUUUAAAUGUGAAUUAUAUUUAGAGUACUUUUAAAGUAUUUUAAUUGUAAAAUAUUUAAAGUAGUUUCAAAAAAAAAAUUUUUUUUUUUUUAAAUAAAACUACUUUGAAAAAAUUGUUAUUAUAAAUUAUUUUUAAGAGAAAAAACAUUCAUUUUUCGAGAUUUUUGUUUCUUAAAAUGUAAAAUUCAAAAUUCAUGAUAAAAUUCAAUACUUGAUUUCAGAUCAGAAAAUUUGAAAUGUGACUCGUUUUUUAUAACGAGAUAUAAAUAAUAAUAUUGAGACUUUUCAAUUUUCUUUUUAUCAAUUUAUCCAUAAAAAAAAAUCUCAUUUGAGACUUUACAUACUGAAUAUUUGAAAAAAAAAACACUGACAUGAAAAAUACACGCUAACUGUUGUUAAUUCAUGUUAAAACAAAAAUAAAAUAAAAUAAAAUAAAUGACAAUUUUCUAAUACUAAUAGCAUCUAAAGAUGUUUUACAUAAAUGAAAAAAAAGCAAUAUGGGCUGAUUGGGAAGACGUGAUUGAAAUAACGCCAUUUAAGUAUUUGGAUUUAGAAAUAAGUUUGUGAAAUUCAUAUGUGUUUCAUACGUUUAGCUAUGCUUAAGUGAACCGAUAAUAAACGCUAUAAGCAAGCGACAGUCAUGGCGAACACUUCAUUUCUCGAAUGCGUCUUGAAAAAUAUUUGUAUGUAAAUGAACGAAAAAGUAAUAAAAAAUAUACAUGCCACAUUGA